GUUAUAGUUAUUUGUUGUUUUUCUUAAAAUGAAUACCUUGGCAUUGUUCGCAUUUGCUUUGUGGGCGCUUUUCUUGCGCUACUUGCCGAACAUACUCAGGUUCGUGCAGCUGCAGCGCUUUUCCAGAACUCUGCCCGGGCCCAGCGUGCGCGAGCUGAUCGCCAAUGUGAAGAAGGGCCAGAUACUCGACUGGCUGAAGGAGCUGCGCGCACGGCACGGGCCAGUUUUUCGCAUUUGGUUUGGCAAGGAUCUGAUGGUGUUCUUUACGGCGCCGGAGGACAUCAAACAGCUGCUCGGCAACAAUACGCUGCUGAGCAAGUCGCGCAACUAUCAGCUGCUGGAGCCCUGGCUGGGCCGGGGCCUGCUAACGAACAGCGGCGAGUCGUGGCAUCGCCGGCGCAAGCUACUCACGCCGGGCUUCCAUUUUCGCAUACUCAGCGAGUUCAAGGAGCCGAUGGAGGAGAAUUGCCGCAUCCUGGUCAGUCGGCUGCGCGAGCAUGCCAAUGGCGAGCCCUUCGAUAUCUAUCCGUACAUCACGCUCUUCGCCCUCGAUGCCAUCUGCGAGACGGCGAUGGGCAUCAAGAAGCACGCCCAGAUGCAGAGCGAUUCGGAGUAUGUGCGCGCCGUCCAGACUAUUUGCCGCAUACUGCACCGUCAGAGCUUCUCCUUCUGGCAGAGAUUCAAUUUGCUGUUCAAUCUGUCCGCGGCGGGUCGCCAGCGAGAUGCGGCGUUGCGCGUCCUGCACGAGGAGACGUAUCGCGUGAUCAACAUGCGCCGCAAGCUGCUGCAGCAGCAGCAGAACGGCAAGGAGAAGCCGGAUGAGGAGGAGGAGCAAAACUAUAUUGGGGGCAAGCGGCGUCUGGCAUUUCUGGACAUGCUGCUGAUCUCACAAAUGGAGGGCGGCGGCGGGGAUCUGAGCGACGUGGACAUACGCGAGGAGGUGGACACGUUCAUGUUUGAGGGCCACGACACGACCAGCUCGGCAAUUGCGUUCGCCAUCAGCCUGCUGUCCAAGCACGCGGAUGUGCAGCAGCGCGUCUACGAGGAGGCGCUCGAGCUGGAGGGCAGAGAGAAGGAGUCGAUGCCCUAUCUGGAGGCGGUCAUCAAGGAGACGCUGCGUCUGUAUCCGUCGGUGCCGUUCUUUUCCCGCAACGUGCACGAGGAUCUACAGGUGGGCCAGGUGACGGUGCCCAAGGGCGCCUCGAUUAGCUGCCUGGUCUAUAUGCUGCAUCGCGAUCCGGACAGCUUUCCCCAGCCGGAACGCUUCGAUCCGGAUCGCUUUUAUCUAAACGAACAACAGCUGCAUCCAUUUGCCUUUGCCGCCUUCAGCGCCGGACCGCGCAAUUGCAUAGGUCAAAAGUUCGCCAUGCUCGAGCUCAAGUGCUCGCUGGCCAUGCUGUUGCGGCAUUAUCAGUUCCUGCCCGUCGCCGAGCAUCAGCCGCAGCCGCUCGCCGAGCUGGUGAUGAAGAGCGGCAACGGGAUUCGAGUCCGCAUACGGCCACGCCCCUAAUCCCAUUUAAACACCCUCUAAUCUAGCUAAUAGCCAAGUAUCGUUUAUACACAUAUAUAGCUCUAUAUGUAUUUCUAUCUUAAUCUAUCUGCAUGUCCUAAAAAGCAAAUCAAAUAAAACUUAAUCUCAA